GAUGAUUUGGAGAUGGGGAAGCUGGCCUACAAGGUCUGCCGUGCCUCCACUGACGACAUCCCGAAGGGUCUCCGGGCUAUCACGUUGCCCAAGGCGAAGCCGCUGGGCGAAACCGCUGCCGCGGCCGCAGCAGGGCGAGAAGGAGAAAGCGGGCCCACUCGUGUGGCCCGUGUUUCUUCGCGACGAGAAGAAGAGGGCGGCGCAUUCUCUCUCAGAGUUCUGUGGGCUGGUGGCGGGGAGCAGGGCGAGGGCUGUGCGAACUACCUAAGCGCAACAAUUUUUCCGAGAUUGCGAAUCUUGUCCGCGUCGGUGGCUUCCUCGAUUGGCG